UCGCAGGGUAAAAGGAUUGAGCUUCGCCGCUGUAAGCUCGGCUCAGCUCAGCUCGCCUCAGCUCAGAACAGCUCAACAAGAGGGGGAUUGGAGGGACAACAAAAGGAGGAGAACGGCUGACCCCUAACCCAGAACCCCUAAACCCCCUUCCCCCUUUCCCGUCUCACCUCCCCCUCCCUGCUCUGGCCACAGACGGAGAGCGUUAUGCAGUCCUUCCGUGAGCGCAGCAGUGGUUACCACAGCAACCAACCCUGCUACCAGCAGGAUUCCCAUGAAUUAUCCCACCUGGAGACAUAUCGGCAACACCCACAUCAUCCCCACCCCCAGCACCCGCACCCAGGCCCUGGUCCGCAUCCAGGCCCAGGCCCAGGACAUGCCAGAUUAGGCUAUGAGGUUCAAUCACUGGCGAACCCCACAAACAUGCCUCCAGCUGGUGGACCAGGAACUGGAGGAGGCCCCAAAGACUGUUACAGCCAGCAAGCCUACUCAGGCUACCCAGGCAAUGGUGGAGAGAAUGGGAGUGGAAAUGGGGGCUCAGCACCUUCGCAAGCAAAGAAAUCCUUCAGAGGAAGCAAAGUUCCCCCACUAAACCCAAGUCAGCACCUGCAGGGUCCUCCAGGCUAUACUAACCACAUGGGCCCUGGGAAUUAUUCAGCCCAGUAUAUGAAUGAGGGCCACCUCCAGCAGAAGUGGGAGGACCCAGCCCAAUUAGCACAGUAUGAACAGGAGAUGGUGGGGCGUAUGGAGGCUGGUGGUACCCCUGCACCUAGCUCCUCUCAGUAUAUGGACCUGAAUAUACUGGGCCAUUCCCAGACCUCGUGCCACCAAUCCACCACCCCUGCUUAUACUAGUCCCCACCAUCAGCCCCACCCUCCUAACCCUACUCCCUCCCCUCUUAUUUACCCCCAGAGUCACCUGCACUACCCUCAGCAUUCACCCUCUCCUUCGCCAUACAUGGAAAAAUGCAGCCCUAUGCCCCACUGUUAUAAAGGUUACAACAUGCCUCCAAAUUCCCAGUAUGGUAGACAAAUGAGCAGCCACAGCAAUCUGAAGCAGGGAGGUUACAGAUCAGCACAGAACAGUUAUGGCUACCAGCAGCCUCCCUCCAGAGGUUAUGAGCCACAGUCCACUUUACAGGCCAUGACCAACCCCCAGGAACCCCACCCUAAAUACCAACACUACAGCCAACCCCAACAAGCCUACUGUCUCUCAGAGCUGUCUGUCAGAUCACCAGAGCAGUAUUAUCAAACUUGUAGCCCCUCUUCAAGCCACUCCCCCGCACGUUCUGUAGGGCGCUCCCCCUCAUACAGUUCCACCCCUUCACCACUAAUGACCAAUCCAGAGUCCUUCCAGUAUGCUCAACCUCCCAUGACCCCUGGCACAGCCUCCUCCUCUUCAUCCUCUUCAGCUGGUAUGCAGGAGCAAGCCAGUGCCGCCAUGUUGAUGCCCCCACGCUCACACCCCUCCCCUAGUGUGCCCCAUGGAGUCUCCCACAGCUAUACUACCACACCGCAGGUCCAGGUCCUCACCAUGAAAGAACGGUUCUCAGAGAAGCUGCUGUCAAAUCCCAGCUUGUGGAGCCUAAAUGCCCUCACUUCUCAGGUAGAGAACAUCUCAAAUAAUGUCCAGCAACUGCUGCUUUCUGAGGCCCUGGUGGCCAACAAGAAAGGCUGUAAGCGCAGCAGUAUAGGGAACAACAACAGUGCUGGAAAUGGAGGAUCCUCUAAAAAGGGUGAGGAGUACAAAAGUCCUCCGUAUCCAGAUGGUGGUGGUGGUAGUAUUGGAGGACCUAUGCAGGACUCUUACUCUACCCCACAGCACCAGCCAAUGCCCAUGGAACUCCAUGAGGGGGGCUACUCCAGCAGUAGUGAUGAACAGCUGGAGAAGGGCUACUACUACUGUGGUCAGGGCAGAAGUCCAGCACAAGCCCCUAACAACACACAACUCAGCCUGGACACAGUCUCUUCAUGCUCCAUGACCUCCCCAGAUGAUAUGUCUACCAGGUCUGGGGACUCCGGUCUGCACACCCUUACUCCUGACCCUAACAGAUGUCAGUCAGGGCUGGGAGGAGAUGGCAUGAGCACUCCAGUGAAGAGCAUUGGUGAUGAGAGGUCUCCUACAAGCAUUAUAAUAUCCAGUCCUAUGAAACAAGAAGGGGACUCCCCUUCUGAUAUACAGCAUAUCAAUGAGCCUGUUAAAGAGAACUUUGAAGAAUCUGCCUGGACAGAGAAAUCAGCCGACAAAGAGGAGGUGACAAAAAACACUCUUGACCAUGAGCAGGAUUCAGACAUAACUGAAUCUACAGAGAAGCUGGGGAAAUGGUCAGAUGAAGAGAAAUGUCCAGCCCUCUACAGAAAAAUAAACAAGGACGUGACAGAAAAAAGCUAUUGCUAUGAGGAGACAGUGUACCAAGGGGUUCAGAGUUCAGCUGAACGGUCCCCGGUAGCUCUCUCUGACUCCAGCAGCAAGGAACACUUUGGUCAUGAGAUGAAAUCACAGGCAUUCAAAUCUGAGUCUCCAACUGCUUCUGAAAGCUCAGCGAAAACCUUGCCUUUCAUUUUGAGGGGUGACCUUGAACAGGAUCGAUAUUCCACAGAGAAGGAGGACAGCUCAGAGAACACCUCUCCAACCCCCCAAGUUGAGGCCUUGGAUGAGAGCAAUUCAGACAAGAAAGAGACCAGAGAAGAGGAGGGGGAUGGAGAGGAGGAGGCCACUGAGGAGGAAGAAGAAGAAAUACGGAAACAACAGCAACAUUCUCUUUCCCCUCCUCCAUCUGCAGAGGUUAGGGAGCAACUAGGGGAGGGAGAGAAAGUGAGCCGGUCAUUGAUUGAGGAGCACAUGAAUAAUAGAGAUGGGCUAGAGAAGCCUACUGGAGAUCUCUGCAGCAUAAAGGAGGGCACUGAGCUCCACACUGACAAUGACUUUGCAGAGGUACCUGUCCAUCCAAAUGCAGCAGCAGCAACAGCAGCAGCAGGUGCAUCUGCACGGAAAUCAGCCAUUGGUGACACUGCUCCUCAGCCUCAGUCUGCUAUGCCAGUCUUUUCAGCUCUGAAUGACAAGACAAUUCCCAUGGCUCAGACCAGGGACCAUAUUGAUCACAGUGAUGCUAAAAUGCUAGAGCCAGACUCUCCUCAGCUGCCAGGGAAGUCGAUACUUCCCUCUGCUCCAUCCUGGGCAGACACUCCACCCUCCCCCAAAAAAGGUGAUGAGGACAUGGAGCCAGGCAUCAGCUGUGCCAGUGCUGUGACCCCGUUGGCCAAACCUGAGCCCGUCACCCCAUCUGCUCAGCCGAGGGCAUUCGGACGCAAGCAUGCAAGGGGCAGAAGGAGAAUUACACAUUCAGGUGUGGGAAUCAGGAGACAACUAAGCUUGGAGAGGGAGGAGGAGAAGGAAGAGGAAGGAGCCACCUCACCUUCACAGAAGCCUUGUAUGGCUCCAAGCAAAACUGUGCUAUUCUCAGAUCAAAUGGACCUAGCUCAUCAGGAAUCUAUUGUGAGCCAGACUCCCAAAAUGGUAACUGAUGUUUUUUGUUCAAGAAUGUGCACUCGCUCAUUUAAUGCACCAGACUUGCCUCCCAAAGUUGAGCCUCAUGUGAAGAGAAAACCAGGCCCAAAAACUGGUUCAAAGCCGGGGCCCAAACCAGGGCCAAAACCUGGACCAAAACCAGGACCGAAGCCAGGAGCAAAGCCAGGGCCAAAACCAGGUCAUAAACCUGGGCUAAAGCCUGGACCAAAGCCUGGACCAAAACCUGGACAAAAACCAGGACCAAAACCUGUGUCAAAUGAACCAGAGUUGCCACUGAAAAUUGAGAUUCCUGUAAAACAAAAACCUGGACCCAAGCCAGGUUCAAAACCUGGGCCAAAACCUGGAUCGAAGCCUGGACUAAAAACUGGUCCAAAACCAGUUCUAAAGCCAGCUCCAAAACUAUCACCUAAGCCCGGACCCAAGGUUGCUGACGUUUUGUCCCCUACUGACACUGCACACAUCAAGACCACAGUGGGUCGUCCCAAGGGUUCAGUUUCCAAAGCAAAGCUGAUGCUGCAAGAAGAAACCACUGAACCUUUGAUAGGACUGCAAAGCAGGGGCAGGAAGAGCCUAAAAACCACAAUAUCACAAGUAAACCAGGAUUUAAAACCAGUAAACCAGGAAGAGAAACAAGUAAAUCAUGACACAGAGGCACCAGAAAAGGAGAGUAAGAAUAUGGUCUUGAGAUCCAGAAAGCCCUCACAAGAAAAACUAUCAAAAGAAAAAGAAAAAAUAGGAGAAGAUACUCUACUCCAGACACUAACAGAAAUUAAAGAUGGCAAUGUUUCUCCAAAUGUAGAGGCGCUUUUAACUCCAAUUGCCAAUGCAGCUGAAAACACAGAUGUUCUAGCAGACUUGCCUCCACCAUUUGUCCCGCCAGUACCAGCUGAACAAUCUGAACUAAAGACACUGCUUCCACAAAAACGUAAACCUAGCUCAGACCUUUCCAUUACAAAAGUAAAGAAAAAGAGAGGUCCAAAACCCAAACCAAAACCUUUAGCACCUCAACUCCCUCUGUCAGAACAGGUUGCUUCUACACUUAAAGAGAAGUGUGUUCGGGGCCCCAGGAAAAAAAGAGGGCCACCCAAGAAAACCUCUGUUGUCACUCCCCCAGCCAAAGACACUCCUCCCACCAUCAGUGAAUCUGACAUCACUAGUGACAUGCCUGUGGUGCCACCUCAGUGCCCCACUAAAACAAAAGUUCUCCCACCGCGCAAAGGCAGAGGACAGAAAUAUGAGGCCAUGGUGCAGAAAAUUACAUCUCCCAGCUCAAAGAAACACCUCCUGAUUCCCCAGACAGACAGCAAUCUAACUGAUGAUGUGACAACCAAGGCUUUGUCUCAACAUGUCUUAAAAGAAGGUGAAACAUCUAUGCUCAUAAAUAGCAGUGAGAUAAUAAAGGGAGAAGUGAAAAGCAUAGAGUCUAGACAAGAAGAAUUGAAACAACACAAAGGGGCAGUGAGAAAAGAGGAGAUGACACAAGAAAAAGAAAAGCUUGAGAUGAGUCAAGUAAUGUCAAUGCCAAAAGAGGAAGACGUUGGAAAUAAGAAAGAAACAGGACAGGAAAACAUUAAACCAGGGGCACAGCAAGAUGUUUUCACUGGCAAGGUUUGGGGCUCAAUAGUGGCCCCAGUAGAAGUCAGGGCUCCAGGAGAGUGGACACCACACGCUUCAGAAGGUGUAUCCACCACUGCCACCAAGUUCACCAAAACAAAAAGGAAGAGAUGGGCUAUGGUGGAAAGUACAGAUGCCUCAGUAGUAGCCUUGGAGGCAGGAAGCCUAAUAGUUACAACACCAAGGCUGGCGAAACAGAGGGCAAUUAAAAACAACCAUGAGAUGCACCUAAAACAGAGAAGAAAGAAGAGGAAAGGCCAGGUCCCUCUUGAAGAAACAGAUUCUGUCGAUGAGACAAAUACUGACACAUUAGAACAACAAGAGAAGAGGGUAGAAGAGACGGUAACCCCCACAGAGUCCACAUUACCUCAACCAGUCAGCCCAGAUGAGAUCCCAAAAGCCACCCCAGUUGCUAGCACAGAACUCACCCAGAAACCUAGAAGAGGCCGAAAACCAUCAGCAAAUGCAACCAAGAGGAAACGAGGCAAAGCCUCAUCAGAGCAAAUUCCCGGCAUGCCAGUGAAGGUCCACAAAAAGCCUGGGCCAAAACCUGGGAUGAAAGACGCCAUUGAGGUCAUUGAGGCAGUAGUAAGGGCUGCAGGAUGCGAACAGGCUGAAAAAGAAGAGAGAGAAAAAGAAGAAAGGCAAAGAAGGGAAAACGAAAAUAAGGAAAAAGAUAAUACUUGUGUUGUGGGCCCUGUGGUGACAAUAUCAGAAAAACGGACUGAGACCAUUUCUGUGAAAAGAAUCAGGCGCAGACCAGUACAUCAACAUUCUAAACUGUCCUUCUGUCCUUAUGUACGGAUUAACAACUCCAGAGACUUUUCCUCUUGGUGUGCCAUAGUCAACAAGCCUGAGGAUGCAGUGAUUUUUCAGAGACGUAGAAAAAAGGGUAUACUUAGAAUGAGGAAUCCUUUUACAGUUGCAAAGGUAGCACCACAUACUGCUGCCAUGCUACUGGGACCCUUGGUAAAUAAAAAUCUAGUUGGAAGGUGUCUUACAUGUUGUUUGUGUGGAAAGCCAGCAAAUUACAGAGACCUAGGUGAUUUGUGCGGACCCUACUACACAGAGGAUGGCGUCCCGCGGAAAGUUUUGACGAUCGGGCCUUCAGAAUCCCUCAGGGAAGAGUUGGUGAAGGCCAGUGACAAUAAGAGUAGCAGCAGUGAAGAACCAGGUGAUUCCUCAAAGAACGAGGGUGAGGGCAGCACGGAAAAGAAUGGAACUACAGAGCCAUCCACCCAAGAAGGCAGUAGUAGCAGGCACCACCACUGGCGCUACAGACGGGCAGAAAGAACAGAAAGAAUGGGUCAGGAGGGUGGUCCACGAAGACUGACUCUGCGAGAGAGGUUCAGGAGGAUUAAACAGCUCCAGGCCAUCGACACAGGGGCUUCAGGUGACCAAGAACAUAGCAUGUUCCAAAAGCUACAAGUGGAGGCAGAGGCUAAGGAGCACUGGGCCCAUGAAAACUGUGCCAUAUGGACCAGGGGGGUAAUCAUGGUAGCUGGGAGGUUGUAUGGACUGAAAGAGGCUGCCAACAGCUCAGCCCAAGCGAGUUGCUACAAGUGCCAGAUUGUGGGGGCGUCCCUCAGCUGCUGCUGGAGAGGCUGCUGUCAUAAAUACCACUAUGUCUGCGCCAAAGAGAUAGGCUGCACAUUCCAUGAGGAUGACUUCUCCAUCAAAUGUCCUAAACAUGAGGACCUGUAAGAUAUACCGGUGUACCACCUCCACCACCAACACCACCUCUCAGCCAGGCAUGCACCACCUAUCCAGCAAGACCAAGGAAAAUGCUGUCCCAAGGGCCACCUAUAUGUAAAAAACACAGUGAUGACUGAUGACGGACAGGUACGUCAGCCAGUGGAGCUGGGGCAGGUAAAAGGUUGCGUCGAGGUGGGGCUAUAGGAGCAAUACAAAACUUGGUGAACAGCUCAGAAGAGAAGAGCUACUCCCUGACCGUGCACUGGAAAUGUGUUUUCUCAACUGAGCCCUUACUGGAAGGCAGAAUGCAGAGGUGCUGUUUAACGGGAAGACCGGCUGCGCUUUGGAGACUAUGUGCCUAGGGCCCAUUGAACAGGCGGGCUGUUUGAAAUGCAGAGCGAGGAAUGUGUGUGUGUGUUCUGCCUUUGGAUGGGUUGCUAUCAUAUUCAGACACCUGGCGUACACUGAUUGGACAGGAGCAUCCCUCUGGCCAGCUUGUCAGUGGGCCAAGGGGUGCGUAUGAGUGAGUGUGUGUCUGUGCGCAUGUGUAUGUGGGUGCAAUUAUCACAGAAGUGUCAUUCUACAGACGCAUCAUCUGCGUGUUUGUGUAUACGUGUCUGCGUGGGUGAAGAAAUCUCCAAUCUAAGAUGUCAUGUAUCGAAAAAACAGCAGCCAACUACUGGGUGUAGGUCAAUGUGUGCGUUUGUGUUUAAAACACGUGACAAAAUGAAACAAAAAAGGAAACUGUACAUGGUAAUGUGCUUUACAGGUUCUGAAUAUUCUCAUAUUGAAGAGUUACAAAAAAAUUGACGCAGUAUUUUAAUAUAAUGCUCUUAUCUUCGGAGAUGUAUUUUGAUGUGCAUUAUGACUAUAAAACAUCAUUGCGUCACCCUUGGUAUUUGUCAGGCUUUGUGUUAUUCAGAAAAUAAUAAUAAUUUAAAAAAAGAUAUAUUAAAAAGAUAACUGUUUAGGAAUCCAUUCAACUGUGUGCACAUUCAGUAUGUACAGUAGACGCUGCCAUCGUCACUUGACCGGCUGCAGAUCAGUCAGGUCAGCUCACCUCAUAUCUGUGUACAGUUCAGGAGUAUUACUGUUAAACAUCGCCAUGGUGUACGAUUAUUUCACCUGCCACAGCCGUGCAGAAAGAUGUACAUUUGACCCAGAUUUCAUAACACACAUGUCUGUUUGUGUAUCUCAAAUGUAGCCUCUUUCAAUCCUUCAUGCUAUGUAACAACACCCUGUACCGGGUGUCAACUAAGUACUGGUCAUAUCAAAUGGAGACAUAUUUAAGUAUUAAAGCAUAAAAGAAAGUGCAAAAACGCCACACCAAACUUUCUCUUUUAUGAAGCUCAUUAUUUAAUGGUGUAUAUAGGUAUUUGAUGCUGUUUAAAUGUAAGAUGUGAUGUACUAAUAUAAUUGUGUAUAGUAUUUCCUAGAGAUGUUUAUUUUCUAUAAAAUGGAAUAUGUUAUUGCUUAUAAACUGUUAUUAAAAGAAUCCACUGAUGAAAAAAAAUCUUUUUUGGGAAUGUCACUUGUUUUAAGUUGGAGCAUGCCGUUUGAUUUUCAUGUCGAUUUGUUUGGAACUGAUGACACAGCAUCACUUUGUUUGAAAUGUUUUUUGUAACACCAAUGUUAAAUAUACCAGCACCUU